AUGCGUAUUUCACAGUAUCUACUAAAGAGUGUGACUUUCUAUACCCGCCCGCAAUGUGGUCUCUGUGGAACCGCCAAGACCAAUCUCAUGGCUGCUGGCAAAACUGUACCGUUUGACUACAAGGAGGUGAACAUUGACGAGCCAGAAAACAAAGAGUUCUAUGAUCUGUAUGCUUUCGACGUUCCGGUUAUGAAAUUCGAGGACGGCAGUAGCGAGAAGAUCGUUAUGCACCGCAUCACCACCGAACAGGCGAUCGAGACGUUGAAUUCUCUGUAA